AAGAGAAACAAGAGAGAGAGAGAGAGAAAGAAGAGAGAGAGAGAGAGAUGGAGAUCGGAAGCCAUUCUCAAUCUGGUAAAGAAUCCCAUCUUUCUCCUUCCAAAUCCCAAUCCAUGAAGAAACCUGGUGGCUGGAGGGCCAUCAAAUACAUUCUUGGAAAUGAAUCGUUCGAAAAAUUGGCGUCGAUGAGCCUAAUAGCCAACAUAACGGUGUAUUUACGAACAAAGUACAAUUUGAGCGGCAUACUUUUGGUUAAUGUUGUCACGUUAUGGGCUGGCACAUCGAACGUCUCGUCCAUCGUCGGCGCCAUUGUUUCCGAUGCUUAUUUGGGACGGUUUCUCACUCUCCUCUGCGGUACCAUUUGUUCACUUUUGGGAAUGGCAGCUAUGACACUAACAGCAAGUAUAUCCGAACUAAGGCCGCCGCCAUGCCAAGAGCCGGCACUCUGCAUGCAGCCCCACAAAUGGCAGCUGGCGUUACUCUUCGCCAGCCUGGGCCUCAUCGCUAUCGGGGCGGGGGGUAUCCGCCCCUGCAACAUCGCGUUCGGGGCCGACCAGUUCGACACCAACACGAAAAAGGGGCGGGCCCAGCUCGAGAGCUUCUUCAACUGGUGGUACUUAUCGUUCACCAUCGCCCUCAUCUUCGCCCUCACUGGUGUCGUCUACAUCCAGACGAACGUCAGCUGGGUGAUCGGCUACGCGGUCCCCACUGCAUGCCUCGCCCUCUCCAUCACCAUCUUCCUCUUCGGCCGCCACACGUACAUCUACAAGCCCGCGCACGGCUCCGUAUUCGCCGACAUGGCGAAGGUCGUCAUCGCCUCGUAUAGAAAACGUAAGACGAGAUUGGACAACGGCUGCUCGUACUACAACCCUAAUAACGAGAUAGACACCGAGGAAGCGUGCAAAUCUAAGGUUAAGUGGCUCAACAAGGCCGCUAUCAUAGUACACGACCAAAACGAGCUCGACUCGAACGGUGUCCCGAUCAACAGUUGGCGGCUUUGUAGCAUGAAGCAAGUCGAGAAUUUGAAGUGCUUGGUCGGAAUAUUGCCCGUCUGGAUAGCCGGUAUCGGGUGCUUUCUCGUAAUGGAUCAACAAAGUACGUUCGGAGUAUUGCAAGCGAUUCAAAUGAACCGAUCGAUAGGGAAGCACUUCCAAAUCCCACCCGGUUGGAUGGGAAUAUCCUCCAUGAUAGCUCUGUCGAUAUGGAUACUACUUUACGAGAAGCUCUACAUUCCGAUGGCGAAAAAAUACCUGAAAAGGGAUUCGAGGAUGGAGAUGGAGCACAGGAUCGCCAUCGGGAUAGUGAUGUCGAUCCUGUGCAUGAUCGUUGCGGGGACCACCGAGACGAGGCGGCGGACCCUCGCACUGAGGAACGGCUCGUUCGAGUCGCCCCUCCACGUCUACAUAUUGCUGCCGCAGUUCGCGCUCUCGGGUCUGACCGAAGCGUUUGCCGCGGUGGCAUUGAUGGAGUUCUUCACGAGGCAGUUGCCGGAGAGUAUGAGGAGCGUCGCCGGUUCGGUUUUCUUUCUUAGCUUGUCGGUGGCGAGCUAUUUGAGCUCGUUGAUUGUGAACGUGAUGCACUCUUUGACGGCCGGGAGGGGGAAAACGGCGUGGCUCGGCGGGCAUGAUCUUAACCAUAAUAGGCUUGAGAAUUACUACUUCUUGAUUGCGGGACUCGGAGGCGUUAAUUUGCUUUACUUUUUGUUUUUCGCGAGGAAAUAUGUUUCGUUUUCGAAAGAUGUGAAAGAGGGGGAAGAAGAUGAAGAAGUGGAGUUGGAGAAUGUCAAGUGAUGUUAUGAUUUUUUUAUUCCCUCUUUGCUUUGAGGUUGUGUUCUAUUAAUUAGGGUUAACUAUU